AUGGCCAAACUGCACCUCAAGUUGUCAAGCUUGCAGGACGAACUUGCAGCCGUCACCGCCGAGCUCCACACGAAGAUGGACGACGUCACGGAGGAGAUCCGACAGCAGAAAGAACUCCUCAACUCCUUUGCACCCAUCUCCCAGAUUCCCAACGAGAUCUUGCAACGUAUCUUUACUAUGAACCGUGCACGGCAUCUGUUCCAAGAUACGAGAAGUGCAGUGCCGUUGUCUCCCGCACUUCGAAAGGAUUGCGGGGUCGGACCUUGGGAUUGGAUACGAGUUACGCAUGUGUGCGUGCGGUGGCGGAUGGUGGGCCUGGCACAGAAAGAACUCUGGUCGUACAUGACGCAGAAGCAAUCCCCCCGUGCAAUCGAGGAGUUUAUCAAGCGAUCCCAUCCAGCCCCACUUUCGGUCACCAUGUCGAGGGAGAGAUGGAACACAUCACUCCUGGACCAGCUGCAUCGCAUUGAAUCCCUGGAACUCGACAGUUUGGACAACUACCCCCACCACGCUGGUGACGCAAGUGAAGACCCCGCUGUCAGCCGUACAGGCAGUGCACCUCUUCUACGCAGACUUUGGAUUCGCGAGAGUCCGUACAUUUUUCCAAAAAUCGUUCAGCUUUUGGAAGGAGGAACACCAAGCCUCCUUACACUUGAACUGGUGAACUGCUACCUUCCAUGGACGUCACCUCUGUUCCACCCAGGGCUAGCCAGGCUCCGUAUCCGCAUCCCCGACCGCUACAGGUCCCCUUCCCAACUUUCAUCCGAGCAAUUCCUGGACGCCUUGGAGCGUGUUUCUCCCGGACUGGUCAUCCUCGAGUUGGACAUGAGCCUACCAGAGACGCCGGACUCUACAAGUCGCCAGAUCGUAUUCCCCAAGCUGGAAGUGUUGACCUUGAGGUGCGCAAAGCGGCCGGCAAUCCAGUCCCUUUUGAAGCACCUCGUUGUUCCCGAGAAGGCCGCGGUAAAGUUGUCUUUCGAUGCAUGCGCAACAGGCGGGGUCCAGCCGGCACGCAUCGGGGGAGAGGAGACUAAAGCACAAACCAUCCUUCCUGUUCGGUUCUCUAAUGUCAUCACGCGCCCUUCCUCCAUCUGCGGGUCCUCAUCCCUGCUGGACACUGCAUAUUCGCCUCUCACGUACGCAGUUCCACCUCCCCGAAGUCUCUCCUUCGCCUUAUACGAGACACCAUCGCAGAACACGUACACCUUCCGGCUUUGGGAUCACCACGUCGACUUCUCCCUCAAGCAUCUCCCUCCCAGCUUCUUGACGUGCACAGUGGAGGACACAACCGGCAAGCGUUGGGAUGCUCCACCCAUGGUCUUUCACUGCCUUUCGUCGACGGGUAUUCGGUCGCUAUCUUUGACGCACUUGCCUGACAAGGAGUUAGAUCGAUUCCGGGUACUCGUGAGCCUCUCACACUCUCCUUCUCCGAGCUUCGGGGGUGUGGAGGACCUUUGGGUUGGCAAGUAUCUUGCGCGCAACAUUGUGUACUACCUCAUGGAGGAGAUCGAGGACACUGUUAGCACUGCCAAGUCCGGUCCCUCGCGGUCUCUCCCGAAAUGCUUCCCGAUGCUCAGGUCCUUGACGUUCGAGCGUAUGGUCUUCGUCAGCGCCUCCCAGCUCCAAUGUUCAGUCAUCAAACACAUUGUGAACGGUAAACCUGUGGUGUUCGACGACCUACUAAGAGUGCUCGAGUUUAGAGCCAAGUCGGGAGCGAUGGUUGAGAUCCUUCGUUUCCUGGACUGCUACGACUUGUCCGCUAGUCAAGCCGAGAAUAUUGAAGCAAGUUGUGGGAGAGGUGGUUUGGAGUGGGGAGGACAAGACGUACGAUUGGCCGUGCCGGAGGAAGGGAUGCCCCUGCGAAAGUAA